AUGGUUGUCGUGUACAAGCCCGAGUUCGUGACGCACGACGCGCGCGCGCCCGUGUUCUCCGUGGACGCGGCGCCGUGCGGGAGCAGAUUCGCAACCGCGGGCGGGGAUCAAAAGGUAAAGGUGUGGGCGCUCGCGCCCGUGCUCGAACGCGCGGUGGAGGCGGACGCGGACGCGCCGAAGUGCCUGGCGACGCUGAGCGAUCACUUCGGACCGGUGAACUGCGUGCGGUUUUCGAAGAGUGGACGGUACCUCGCGAGCGGGUCGACGGAUACGAGCGUGUUGGUGUACGCGCUGAGAGACGGACCGGGAAAGGCGGCGUUCGGGAGCGCGGAUGAGCCGAACGUUGAAAAUUGGACGAUCGCGAUGAGGUAUAAGGGACACGAUUCGGACGUGAUCGAUAUCGCGUGGUCGCCCGAUGACUCGAUGUUGGCGUCGUGCUCGCUGGAUAAUCUCGUAAUCAUAUGGGACUGUCGAACGGGGAAUCAGGUCACGACUCUGCGAGGACACACGAGCUUUGUCAAGGGCGUGGCGUGGGAUCCGAUAGGAAAAUUUUUGGCGACGCAGAGCGACGAUAAGACGUGCAUAAUCUGGCGCACGGAUGAUUGGACGCAGGUAGCAAAGGUUGAGGAGCCGUACCAGGCGUCCAUGGGCGCAACGUUUUCCAUGCGCCUGUGCUGGAGCCCGGACGGGAAGGCGGUGACGACGUGUAACUCGUACAAGAAGCCAUCGCACACUGCGUCGGUUCUCGAGCGCGGAACCUGGGGGAGUAACUUUGAUUUCGUCGGACAUAAAGGCCCGGUGGUUGCCGUGCGGUUCUCGCCUCGGCUCUUCCACGACGAAAAUCGGGAUAAGGUCCACACGGUCAUCGCGUGUGGUUCGCAAGAUUGCAAGCUCACCAUCUGGACCACGAAUAGACCUAAACCGGUGUGCAUCGUUCGUAAGUGCUUCUCCCAGUCCGUGGUGGAUUUGUGCUGGACUCCAGAUGGGUACACGUUGCUCGCGUGCAGCACUGACGGGACGUUGUGCGCGUACACAUUUGACCAAGCUGAAAUUGGCGAGGCCCUCGACAACACCGACGCCGAGGCCUUCUUGUCGGAAACGUACGGAGAUAUCAGACGUAAUCGGGCGCCGAUGUUGGAGGAUCCAACGUUGCUCGGGUUUGAGGCGCCGCGAGAGCUGAACGACGCAGCUCAAGGUGUGAAGACGACACCACCACCACCUAAGAGGAUUCAGCCCGCACCGAUCCGAAGCAGCAACGCCACGGCGCCAACGAGUGGCGUGGCGACGAUCUCGGCGCAACGAGAGACCGUCAGUAACGACGGACGUCGACGCAUCGUGCCAGUCGCUACCGCUGGCCCAUCAGCUGGUACGCCAGUGAAGGCUGCUCCGCAGCGCGUUCAACUCCAACCUUUGCCGACGAAUGCGCAAGGGCAAAUGUCGGAGGCUGCCCCGGCGAACGCAUUGAAGCGAAGAAUAGAGCCCACUGCGAUGAACGGUGGGAAUGGAUUCAAAAGUACUUUGUCGGAUCAGCCUGCGGUGAAGCGAGUGACCUUGCAGCCGACUCAGCUGAACCAAGCUCCGGCGCCGCUCGCUGCAACUCCUGCCGCGGAACCACAGCGCCAACAGAUGGCGACUGCUGCGACGGCGACGACUGCGAUGGGUGUACCUCCGCCGCUGCCGGUGGCGCCGUCGCCUGGAACGUUGCACGUCCAGCUUGUUGCUCCCAAUUUGGAAGCGGAUGCUUCGAGCGAAGUGCACGCGCCGCUCCUUCUUGAGGCAAAAAAUCAUGAACGAUUCGCGGACCUUGUGUGCUCGAGAGGUGGUAAGAUCAAGUGGACAGAUCGCGUCGAAUGUCGAGCCACGCACGUGAGUGGUAACCAAUUCUUCAGCGCCGUGGCGCUUGAAGAUGGGUCCCUGCAACUUUACACUCCGUGCGGCCGCCGAUACAUGCCAUCGUUGCUUCUGCCAGAUCGUGCCGCAUUCUUGGUUUCGGGGCAAGAUGAUUCUUCACUUUUGAUUGUGACCAGAGACUACAAACUUCUGGUGUGGAAUGUCACCGUGGGUAAAGAGAAGUGCUCGCUCGAGGCGGAUUGCAUGGCUCUCGUGCGUAGCUCUGGACGUUCCGGUGUGGCUUUGUCUCAAGUUAGAUUGUCCAAGUGUGGAGCCCCGAUCUUCACUUUUACCAACGGGCACGCGUAUGUGUAUCACAGUGAUCUCAAAACAUGGGCCCGUGUCGCAGACCAGAGCUUCUUAAAGUCUGAGUUCACGUCCCGACUUCGUCAACCUGGUGGGUCUGGCGUUGGAGAAAUGCAGGCUCUGCAAAUUGGCGCCGCGCGGGCGGCCGCUCACAUGGGCCCAGCCGCGCUAUUGCAGUCCGGUGGACAACCACCGAGAAGGGAGACCGGUAGACAUUUGGAAGUUCUCCUCUCUGGCUCGUCCAUGCUCAACUCAUCGGCAGAAUACAGGCCGUGGCUUGCGGCGUACGUACGUCACCUGGCGAGCGAGUGUGGCGACGAUCCAACUACCAUGUUCGUGGGUGCUGAAGCGCAACUUCGAGAGAUUUGCCAUGAGUUCCUCGGACCGCUCAGUGCUUCCUCCUCGGUUGAAACGUGGAAGUCGGAGAUUUUCGGCGUCAAGAAGCGUACACUGCUUCGAGAGGUGAUCAUUCCCACCAUAGCUGCGAACCGAAGUGCCCAGGUCAUGGUUGCCGAGAUCGUCGAGUUGCUCGAAGCCGCGGAGUCGAGAGAAACGAGGAACGAUUUGUCCAUUUGCUAG